AUGUUCAAAUUACCAUUAGAAUUUGAGGCUUCCAUGAAUCAGAAACAAUCAGAAGAUCAGAAGCAAACUGAGGAAACUAUUAUCAAUAAAUCUGGAGAGGAUUUUAUAACUUGUAUUUAUGUAGCCAAAAUUGCACAUUUUUUCCAUGCCAUAACUACAACAUGGUCAAAAAACAUGACUAGCCAUACCCUUUAUAUCAUAGUGGAACACCUUUCUGAAGAAACACAUUUCACAUGUAAAAUUGACCUAAAAUCUUGGCAAUUUUGGGGUAAGAAAGGUUUGAAAUCAUUCAGAGUGGGUGAGAAGCGCAUGGACAUUUACUGGGAUUUGAGAUCAGCCAAAUUCUCCACCAGACCAGAGCCUGUAUCAGAUUAUUAUGUGGCAUUGGUCUCAGAAGGGGAGAUGGUAUUAUUAUUAGGUGAUCAAAAUAAAGAAGCAUUCAAGAGAACAAAAUCAAGACCAGCCAUGCUAGAUGCUUCAUUAUUACACAAGAAGGAAACUAUAUACGCGAAAAAAUGCUUUUGCACAAGAACAAUGUUGGGCCAAGGAAAAAAACAACAUGAUAUUACUAUUGAAUCUGUCCUUUCAGGUCCAUCUGAUCCUGCUAUGCAGAUCAGUGUGAAUGGAACUGUAGCAAUUCGGAUCGCGAAUUUGCAUUGGAGAUUUAGGGGAAAUGAAAAGGUUUUUUUGGAUAAUGUACUUGUUGAGAUCUUUUGGGAUGUGCAUGAUUGGUUGUAUAGUGGUCCUAACUUUGGUCCAGGAUCUUUCAUUUUCAAGCAAGGUAAAUUGGAAGAGAGAUAUUCAGACUCUGGAAGCUAUAUCAAUGAUGAAAGUUGCGAUUUGCAAUCUCCAUCUACAGAAUUUUGUCAUUUUCUUUAUGCAUGGAAGACUGAAUAA